AUGUGCGCGAAACAUCCACUUCUCGCCCACCUAGUCACGGCGUUUUCUGUCCGCGAUAUGGCCAUGGAGAAUGAAACUGAGCUACUCACCAUAGCGAUGGAACACUACCAGAAGGCACUAUCACUCUUCAUCGAGCACCUUUCGGCCCCACACGUAACAGGAUGGAUCACAUUCCCGGCGUUAUGGUUAUUCAUAGUCUAUGAGCAAACAUAUGGAGAUGAUCCAAACGUACUUCAGACGCACCUUCGGGGAGUGCGGGACAUUCUUAUUACCCACGGAUCCGAAAUCUUGCCUGGAUCGUUGCACCAUGAAGAAAAAGCGGGCCAGGACGCUCCGCCGAAAUACUGGGUCCAGCCGCAAAUGAUCGACCGUAUGGCAUUGUGGACAAUACACCAUGAUGCUAAGGCAUCUACGUUUGGCCUCGGGGCUAACAUAGUGUCUCUGUUGGACGAGCAGUACCCCGGAGCGAUAGCGAGAAUAUGUCAAACCUCUGCUAAUGCGCUGCACGACGCUUGGGGCUCGGAGUAUCCGGUCCAAGAAGAGAUUUGGGACGUACAGACUGAGAUCCUAUUUGUUUUUGCACAUGAAUCUGCAAUGCUACGAUAUGAGCUAUCAAAUAUAGAGAGGGAUGGCGAUGAAAUAGACUCGUAUAAGCUGCUUCUAUUCAGUCGCAAAUUGAAGGAGCUACAGGAAAGGGCAUCCAAUCUUAUUACCACAGCUCUAUCGCGAAGAGUUCAGAGAAGCGAUUUACUCUCAAACACAUGCCUAACGGCCGCAGAGAUCCUCGCCCUGGUCAUACGACAUGAUAGACUACUCUAUGAAAACCAGUUAUCAUCAAUCGUCUCACAAGUACUUCAGAUUUGCCACAGUAUGCACGAGUACGAAGGCGAUGGUUAUCUAUGGCGAGCCGCGUGGCCUAUGUUCGUGGCCGCGUUUGAGACAAAAGACCCGAUCCACCAAGGCUGGAUUCUAGAAAGAUUUGCCGCUCUUUCGGCUGGUGGCCAAAACAUGCGACGCGCUCAUGAUCUCUUGAAAGCCAUGUUUAUGGACAUGAGAACCAGCACCGGAUCAGCGGACUACCUAGCCUGGAUACGAGAUGAAAGAUUUCCACGUUUCGUGAUAUGA